UUCCUGGGUUUCCAUAGUGACCGGAGACGCGGUUGUUUGUUGUAGUUUCCUGUUGUGUGCGGCGUCUGCAGCAAGAUGUCUGAGGUUGAGGAAACGUUGAAGAGGAUUCAGGCUCAGAAAGGAGUGAUUGGAACUAUAGUAGUGAACUCUGAAGGUAUUCCAAUUCGGACCACUCUAGAUAAUUCCACCACAGUUCAGUAUGCUGGGCUCCUUCACCAGUUGUCUAUGAAAGCUAGAAGCACGGUACGAGAUAUCGACCCUCAAAAUGAUCUCACAUUCCUGAGGAUUCGUUCAAAGAAGCACGAAAUUAUGGUUGCCCCAGACAAAGACUACCUACUAAUCGUCGUCCAGAACCCGUCAGACUGACCAAGGCAAUGGAGCGGUUAUCUGUCUUCAUAAUUUUCCUCCACAGAAAUGUGCAUUUUUCUUAAAUGAGCUCUCUACGCACAUUAUAAUCCGUUUUAUAUUGGGUGUAUCGUUACUGGA